CAUUUUCUCGCCAUUUGUAUUUUAAUCUAUUUCACGAAUAACGUGGCAACAUUAUUUAUCGAUUAUUGUGCCGCUUCCACCUGAAGCGUCGCAUGGAUUGUACUCUAUACUAUUUUCGCUUGUCGGGCGGAUCCCGUCGUUGUGUCGAUAUUGCAGUAGAAUACUACGCAGAAUGGGAAACACGAUGAAAUUGUUUUAUGCUUCCGUUUGCUGUAUAUGUAUACUGACGUUAUUCACUGACGCCGAAUCCCCUUUUUUUGCGCCAUGCAAACCAGGUUUGCCGUUGUCAGGCACAGCGCAAGCCAGUGCAUGUAUUGCUGUUGACGCAGUACAAAUUCAGACUGCUAUGAGAAGCCUCAGAGUACAGUACGCAGCGGGAGAUAUUAAGUCAAGGCAAGUUUCUAGUUCUGUCGUCGCAACCUACGUUCCUCUGCCUCUUUUUGCAUUUUUUGAGAGCAGACAAACUAACUUAUCGGGUUUAACUGGUCUAUUCACGCAAACACCGCAGAGCAGCUUGUCAGGUGACUCUUCCUUAUCUGGAACGACAUCAACUACUCCUCUGACAAACUCUUCAACUUCUCUCGGAUCACAGGUACCCUCUGGGUCAAUAGGCGCUUCUUCAAAUCCUCAAGCAUCCUCUACUUCAUCAAGCCUUAAAGCAACACCGACACCUACGGUUCCUUUAGGUAUUCCUGCGUCUACUCCUAGCCCUAAGACUUCUCCUUCGGUAUCCUCCACUAGCUCUGCCAACGGUUUAUCUGUUUCAGCUACUCCUACAGUUUCCACUUCCCCCUCGAGAACUGCGUCUCCUUCACCUUCUCCGUCUUCUUCUCCUUCUGCCAGUCCUACUCCAACUCAGGUUUCAACAAAUAGCUCUGUAACUGCGUGGCCACAGAGUUGGCCAUCUGGUUAUUAUGCCACGAAUAUUGCAGCCAACGUUGCAAAUUUGUCUGUGUCUAGCUUCACGAGUAGUCUUGGAAGUUUCCAGUCCGCAUUCGAUAUUGGUGUUAGUACAGCUCUUAAUAUAGCUUCAGGAAAAGUGCAACUUAACUAUACUGCGGCUUCUUCUCAUUUAUUUCCUUCCUUUGGACCGUACAAUAGUAGCAAACUGUCUAUCAAAAGGUUUGGACUAGUUUUCUAUCGACAGCCUUUUAUUCGAGCAGAUAGUAAUACCGAUUGUGCGUUAUACCUUCAGACUUUGGCUACAUCGUCAAAUCUUGCUUCGAGUGUUCAGUCGCUGUUCAACUCUGAUACUAAUAGUGAUUUGCAGAGCUACCUUCAAGCAGUAUACGGUUCUGAUGUGAAAGUUAUUUCUCAAGCGGCAAGGGUCGCGCAGCUUCACCAGAAUAGUUCGCCUGUUAUCUCUGUGUCUCAGCCUGUUGCGAGCACAUCCAAUAGUUCGUUAUCUACUGGAGCUAUAAUUGGCAUUGCUGUUGGUGGUGCUAUUGCAGUAUUCAUUAUCGUUGGUGCUAUAGCUUUUUGGCUUAUUCAUAAGCGCCGAAAACGAGUCAAGGAAAUGUUGGGCUCUUCAUCAGAAAGGGAACUUGAGAAUCAAAAAAGUUCCAGUGAAAAGCUGGACUCUCAAUUGGAAAGCACGAGUCUUCCAGAACAUGUCGAAGAAGUUAUCCCACAAGACACAGCCAAGACAUCUUUACAGAAUAGUUUUAUUGGUACUCAUGCAAAUUCAAGUCUUCGAGAACUUGUUCGAGAGCGUCUAUUCAAUGGGAUGAUUUUUGCUGUUGAUACUGGCAAAGGGAGCUGGAAAGUUUUGGUACUUGAUCGGAGAUGUUUGAAAAUUAUUUCCUCUGUAUGUAACUUGACAGAUAUAUUGGCAAAUGGGGUAUCUUUAGUAGAGUCGUUGAAUGCAAAUCGAGAACGACUUCCUCGUAUGGCAGCGAUGUAUUUUGUGGAUCCCAAUUUGGAAAGUAUAUCAAGAAUUGUUGCAGAUUUCGAAAGAACUUCACCAGUUACGGAAUAUAAGGGAAAGGUUGGAAGCACCAUUCAUUUGCAAUAUGGUUCGGCGCAUUUAUUUACAACCAAUUACACUCCUGAGCCUAUCAUGACCUUUAUAAGGGAAUCUCCUGGGUUAGUCGCCAAUCUUCAAAGCUUCACGGAGUUGCACAUUGAUUUCAUGGCCUUUGAAGAAAGAAUUUUCUCGUUGGAUAUGCCAUCUAGUAUUUCUGAACUCUUUUGUCCUGAUCAACACAAGAGUCGCCAACAUUGUGAGGCAAUAGCAUCCAAGCUAGUAACAGUUUGCAGUGUUUUGAAGGAACGUCCACGUAUUCGCUGUUCCAAUUCUCAGCCAGUAUCUCAAUGCAUUGCAGAAUUUUUCCUUCAAAAGUUGGAUGAAUACGAAGCACAAGUGCCGGAAGGCUUAUCAGGAAAUCCGCAACGUAGAGGAUGCAAGACCACAACAUUUUUAAUUUUGGAUAGAACUGUUGAUCUGAUUGAACCUUUGAUACAUGAGUUUGGUUACCAAGCUAUGUGUCAAGAUCUUUUGUUGGCUGAAGACCCAGAAGUAGUGGGAUCAAAAUAUACGUAUAGCACACAUGAUGAAAAAGGAGCUAUUGUUUACAGAGAGAGUGAAAUGGAUGAAAAUAAUGAUUCUCUGUGGAGAAAGCUUCGUCACUUACAUGUAGCUGAAGCUAUUGAAGAGUUGACUCUAUCAUUUAAUCGAUUUUUAGAACAAGACAAAACGGCACAGUUACAGCUCCGGAAGUCUUCGAAUGGAGUGACUUCAGUACAUGACUUGAAGACACUUCGUCAAGCUGUUCGUAAUAUGCCGACAUAUGCAGAUCGACUUGCCAAGUUUAGUCUUCAUACACAGUUAUUGGAUGAAUGUAUGCGUCUGUUUUAUGAAAGAGACUUGGAAAGGAUCAGUUCUUGUGAACAAGACAUGUCGACUGGAUUCACAGCAGAUGGAAAGGCCGUGAAGGACGUUGGAGUAAAAUUGUUUUCAAUCUUGAGAGACGAUAGCAUAGGUUAUUUGGAGAAGCUUCGUUUAAUAAUGUUAAGUUUAAUAACUCAGCCAAUGAACUUCAAGGAACGCAGGAAUAUCUUAGAGACUUCUGGCAUUCCCGACGAUAAGCAAACAGCAGCGCUUAAUUUGUCUGCUCUUGGUGUGACAGCUGAAAAUUCGAAGUUGAUUCGAAAGCAACUAAAGGAGCGAACCAAGAAAAAAUCGAAGCAAGCAAAGGAACAAUAUGAGUUAUCUCGUUAUGUUCCAUUGUUGCAGGACAUUGUCACAGAUUUUAUCACUGGGGGUCUUUCCAGAAGUAGCUAUCCUUUAGUUGGUGGGAAAAACGAUAGUGCUGUUUCUGAAGAUGACGAUGAUGAACAAGGUCGACAUAGAAGAAGAGCUAGAAGUCAUAGAAGAAGGUCCCGAAGUGCUAGUGCUGUUCGACAACGUUCACAUUCUUCUGCUGGUUCGAGAACAUCGGGAAGUGACCUAACUGAUGAUGAUGGCUCACAAUCGAAAGGAAAGGAGUCUUCUAGGAAAGAAGAACUUGCUCGUCCACGAUACGUUGUCUUUAUUGCUGGUGGAAUAACAGCUACAGAAAUGAGAAUUGCUUACGAGCUUUCGGCUGCCUAUUCCGUGGAGAUUAUUCUUGGUGGUAGCUGUGUUCUCAAUCCUAAAAAGUUUGUUGAGCAAGUAGAGUCCGUACAACCUCGUUAUGUAGAAAGUGUCAUUGACUUUUUCUCUCCUGUCUCACCUUCUGAAGCAAUUUCUCCUCGCUCUUAUUCCAGUGAUCAUAUAACUUCACCAAGACCUACAGAUAGUAAUAGAGUGAAAGAUGAUGUAGUAAGAAAUUUAGAUAAGAAAUUGAAGUAAUAGGGAAAUGAGGGAAUUGAGAGAAUCUUUGGCCAUUGCGUGGCAUUGUUGUAACAAAAAUGCUCAUUGUACACUCUCUUAGGGAAUUUUGAUUUU